AUUUGAUUUGAUUUUUUAAUUUUAUUUUAACAAUAAAAUACGUUCCACCAUUAAUGUCCACCGACUCACAAACAAAGCACACUGUUGAGAAGCGUUCGCUUACUUUCUUUUUCUGCUACAACCCGACGACACACUCCGAGCUGGCACAGAUUCCUUCUUUCUCUUCCUUUCCUCUCAUUUCGUCGUGAAGUUUUCCCGAGAAGCAAUCACUAUAAUCAUGCCUUUUGUUUUCUUCAUCUAAAUCAGAUAGCAAACCUUGUUGGGUCCUUUUUGUUUUUUGGAGACAUGGGAUGUUCUAGUUCAAAGUUAGAUGAUCUCCCGGCUGUUGCUCUUUGUCGGGAAAGAUGUACUUUUUUAGAUGAAGCGAUUCAGCAACGUUUUGCUUUAGCGGAAGCUCAUGUUGCGUACACAGCUUCUUUGAAGUCAUUUGGUCAGGCUUUGAAUAGUUUCAUCGAGCAUGAUUUUGGAACUUCUUCAGGGGCGUUGCCUCCUUCUCUUCCGUCUCGUAAUAAACUCAAAAGUAAAGCGGUGGAUCCGGUUGAAGUUGGGUCAAGUUCACCCCAAAAAGGUGCUAUUUCUCACCACCUUUCCUAUUCGAGUUCUGGGUCUCAUCUUCACUUCCGUUCUGAUUCAGAUGAAGAUGACUCUGGCGGGUUUUUGCACCGUUCAGACCAUUCUUCUCCUUUGCAUGAAGCUGGUGGAGCUCUGGAAAAUGGAAUUUUUCCCGGUGGGUUUAUGCAUGUGAAUUUUAUGAAGAAGCAACCAACGCCGUCUAUUGUUUAUGAACAAAGGCCAAUGAUUCCAGAGACAGUUUAUAUGGGUGAAUCUUCAUCUUCUUCUUAUUAUCCUUACUCUUAUGUAAGUAAUAAUAAUCCUAGUUCUAGUUCAUAUCCUUAUCCGGAUAAGCAAAAUUAUGGUGUUUUUAGCAAUGAUUCUUCUUAUUCGCUGCCUGGUUAUGAGUCUUCAAUGCAACCGUCGUCGACGGCGGCAGGAUCAUCCUCGAAACCGCCGCCGCCUCCACCUUCACCUCCGAGAGCUUCAGCUUGGGAUUUCUUGAACCCUUUCGAGAGUUAUGAAAACUACCAUCGUCCGUAUACGCCGAGUAGGGACUCAAGAGAGAUGAGAGAAGAGGAAGGGAUCCCUGAUUUGGAAGAUGAGGAUUAUCAACAUGAAGUAGUUAAAGAAGUGCAGGGAGAUCAGAAGUUCGUUGAUAGCAGAGGGUAUUCGAAGUCCCCAGUUGAAGAUGAGGAUGGGAAAGUUGUUAGUAGUGAAGCAGAGGCUUCGCUUUAUCAGACGAGGCCGAGUGUUGGGAUGGAAAAUGAUCGGGUGGAAUAUGAGGUUCAUGUGUUGGAUAAGAAAGUUGUGGAUGACGAGAGGGCCGAGGAGCGAGGUAACGGGUCAGGAGCCGCUCCAAGGGAUGUUUUUGAGGUGGUUAGAGAGAUACUGGUUCAGUUUGUGAGAGCUUCCGAGUCAGGAAAUGAAAUUGCCAAGUUACUUGAGGUGGGAAUACUUCCUUAUCAGCGCAAACAUGUUUCCAAGAUGUUGCAUGUAGUUACUCCUUCAUUAUCAAUGGUGUCAUCUCAGCCAUCUACUUCUAAGACUGCUGAGUCUUCAUCUUCGGCUGACAAGAAUGAUCCAGCUUUUCUAGACUUCAAUGAAGAAUUGGCCAGGAAACCGAAAAACCUUUCCUCCACUUUGCAGAAGUUGUAUCUUUGGGAAAAGAAACUCUACAAUGAAGUAAAGAAUGAGGAGAAGAUGCGGGUAGCUUAUGACAGGAAAUGCCGCAAGUUGAAGCGACUAGAUGAAAGGGGUGCAGAAGCUAACAAAGUUGAUUCAACCCGGAAUAUUAUCAGGAAUCUAUCCACGAAGAUAGGAAUUGCAAUUCAAGUUAUUGACAAGAUAUCUGUAACAAUUAAUAAGAUCAGGGAUGAGGAACUAUGGCCACUGCUCAAUGAACUGAUUGAAGGGUUAAACAGAAUGUGGAAAUGUAUGCUUGACUGCCAUCGUAGUCAGUGUACAGUGAUUAGAGAAGCCAAAACAUUAGGUUUUGUUGGAUCUGGCAAAAAACUCAGUGAUGAUCAUCUUAAGGCCACAUCGCAGCUUGAGCAUGAACUUAUUAGUUGGACUAUAAGAUUCUCUAGUUGGAUAGGUGCGCAGAAGGGUUACGUCAGGGCUUUGAAUAAUUGGCUUGUGAAAUGUCUUUACUAUGAACCUGAAGUGACAGAUGACGGAAUAGUGCCCUUCUCACCAAGUAGGAUAGGCGCACCCCCCAUAUUCGUAAUAUGUAAUCAGUGGUCACAAGCAAUGGAUGGAAUAUCUGAAAGAGAGGUGGUUGACUCUAUGCGAAUUUUUGCUAUGAGUAUGCUCCAGCAUUGGCAAGAAGAUAAGUCAGAAAUGCAUCGGAGAAUGAUGGCCAAUAAGGAUUUAGAAAGAAGAGCUAGGAGUUUGGAUAGAGAGGAUCAAAAGUUACAGAAAGAAAUCCAAGUAUUAGAUAAGAAAAUUGUUUUGGUCUCUGGAGAUGGUAAUAGUCUCUCACUAGCUGGACAUGUUGUGUAUCAGAGUGAGACUAGCAACAAUAGCUUGCAGGGGAGCUUGCAACGCAUUUUUGAGGCGAUGGAAAGGUUCACUUCUGAGUCCUUAAAAACCUAUGUGGAGCUUUUGCAACGUGUUAAAGAAAGGAUUGCUCAAGAACAUUGAGAGAGUUUCAUAAGCCUGUAAAAUGACAUAAACUAAGGCAUUGCUUUGGAUUGAUGAUCUAGUUUACAGUAUGCAAUCUAGUUCCCUGUGAGAAAUGAAGCAAAGUGGUGGCGUGGAUGGGUCCUCUAACGCACAACUUGGCUGGUUGCUCUUUUGUUAGGGAAGGCUUGGUUAUGAGUUAGCUGAUUAGGGAAAUAAGAUAGGAGCUAGCCUUGACAAGAAUAUAGUUUCAGAUGGCCUAUGAUGGUUAAGUGAGGAGAUCAGGAGGGGCAAGUUGCCAGGUUGGCGAUUGCAAACCCUUCCAACUGUCAAGCUUGCUAAGAAACAGAUAUGUUGACUUUGCAUUUGCUCAUGUGGGGAUGGUGAGAAGUGAGAACUAUUCAUGGUAUCCAAACUCUCAUUUAAACUGCAACUCAUGUUUUUCUAUCAACUAGUUGGCAUCAUGCACCUUGCACCACCCUUUCAUGAAAAAAUGGGGCAUAUGCUUCUGCAAACGAAAGCAACCAAUGUGGCCAAAACCAUCGGAGUAAGCAGAUUCUCCAGCAGUUUUGCAUGGUUAAGAGUUUUAAAUGCAGGUUUUUGUGAGUAUUUUAGAGUGAUUCCCACAAUCAAAUGUUGUACUCUAAUGCGAUUUUCUUUUCCAUUGUGAAUCAAAAUCACAUCAAUGUUUGAAUA